AUGUCCUUGGCCACAUCACUACUUGAGAAACACGACUUUACCACUUGGGCGGAUCUUCGUGCUCGCUUUCGGGCCGACUCACCGUUAGUCGCUGGAGAUCUUGGCAGCAGCUGCCUCACUUACCAGCAGUUCCUUACGUGGGUCGAUGAAGUCCUACGCCCCAGCUUCACCUCGGCCAAGCUGUGCCCCUCCGAGCGGAUCGCAUCCUUGCUGCCCAAUGGACCCGAGGCUGCGAUGCUGUUCUUGGGCACGGCCUUGUGUGGACUUUGCUUGGGACCACUGGAUCCGCAGCUCACGCGCUCGGAGCUGGACUUUGCUUUGCAAGACCUUCCUGCUAGUGCACUGGUGCUGGGUGACUUGAGCUCCGUGGCCCUGGCCCUGGCGGAGUUGGCCGCCCAGGAGUUGCAGCUGGAGCUCUUUCGGCUCCAUCGUGGGGGCCGCUUCGAGUUCUGCUCGCCGUGCUCCACGACAGCUGGACAUCCCACGCAGCCGGACACCGCGCCCCAGACAACCCUCGCUGUUCCGUGCUUGAGGGCGCAGAGUCACGAGGAGAUCGUUUUGGCUUUGCACACCAGUGGAACGACCCGGCGACCAAAGUUGGUGCCACUGUCCCACGGCACUUUGUGCAGCGGAGCCUUGUGUAUUGCAUCCACCUUGAAGAUACAGCAAGAGGAUGUUGUGAUGAAUUGCCUUCCUCUUUUUCAUAUUCACGGUCUUGCGGUCAAUGUCCUUGUCCCUGCAAUUGCAGGGGCCAUGUCUGUUUGUUUAUCUGGCCCCUUUGAUGCUGCCGCAGUACUGAAAAGGCUGAAUACUGAGCCUCAGAUCACCCUCUACUCAGCAGUUCCCACUCUUCAUCAGCUCAUCUUUACAGCCAAGAGUGAAAGCGACUUGGAGGACUCCUACCCAUCUUUACGUCUCAUCCGCAGUUGUUCCGCCCAUCUCCCCAGCGCCCUGGCGCGGUCCCUGGCCUUGGCGCUGGACGUAGAAGUGCUGCCGACCUACGCCAUGACCGAGUCCAUGCCCAUCGCGUCGCCCGCGCCGCACGGAGGGAUGCGCGGUGGUGCCCCGCCCCGCUUCCACGGCACGCUGGGCUGGGCAGCAGGACCCGAAGUGAGGCUCCUCACGGACCCCCUCACGGACCUCCUCACUGCGGAUGAUGUGGGACCUAUGGCCACGAGGACUUCGGAGGCAGCGACCACGACGAGCCGGACCUUGAAGCCGUUGGAGGAAGGACUCGAAGGCGAGAUCUGCGUGCGCGGUGCCUGCGUGACCCGUGGCUACGAGCUAAGGCGCGACGAAGAGGAUCCGAACAGGGACGCCUUCGUGGAGGGUUGGUUCAGAACGGGGGACCUGGCCAAAGUCUGCAAGGAGGGCUUGAUCUUGUCGGGACGCAACAAGGAGAUCAUCAACAAGUCGGGUGAGAAGUUUGCGCCACUGCAGAUUGAAGAGGUCUAUUUACAACAUCCUCUCAUCAAGGACUGCGUAGCUUUUGCUGCAACGUGUGAGAAGAGGGGUGAGGCUAUUGGAUUGGCCAUCGAGAUGGGGGACCGGAGUGAAGAAGACUUGCAGCAGUGCAAUCUCGAUGCUUUGAGGAUGUUUGGUCGUCGCACCCAAGAGCUACGCCUCGUGGCGUUGCCCGACUGCGUCGUUUGGAUGACACGCUUGCUGCGGACCGCGACGGGGAAGAAACUCCGCGUGGGGCUGGCGGAGAAGCUGGGCCUUCCGACUUUGAGUGGGGACCAUGGUGAGUGGUUUGCCACCAGCGACGCGGCUCCGGGCGCCUUCCACUUCACGCUCCGUCCGGCCCAGCGCUUCGAGCGUUUCUCGCAGCGUGUGGACGUUGCGGCGGGUGCCGCCGGCAUUGGUGAGGUGCUGCGCACGGUGCGCGACGUGGUGAUGGAGCUUGUCCGGUGUGACUUUGAAGAUGAUCAGCCUCUGAUGGAUGUGGGCAUUGAUUCUCUGAGUGCCACGACGUUGAUCAACAGAUUGGAGAUGAAGCUGGACAUCAAUCUGGCAGGAGAUGAUGGUGCAGUGUCCCUCUUGGACAAGUAUCCUUCUUUGCAGAAGCUAGCUGCAGCUGCUUUCCUGGCCAUGCAAAAGAAGGACAUUGACACUGCUUCAGCUAGGUCUACUCAUAGACCAAGAAUGCCAUAUUUUGGCCUCGGCCGACGAACAAGUCUGAAGCAAUUCGUGGUCGACGCUCGGGAUCCGAAUUCGUUGCUCUUUGCAGCUCAACAUGGUCACGCAGAACAGAUCCGAAGGUCUUGCGAAGGAGUUCUUUCAUCCAUGUCGCCAGAUGAAGAAGUGGACAAGAAUGGCCUUACGGCCUUACACUAUGCUGCUGGUAAGGGCGACUUGGAAAUCGUGGGACUACUUUUGGAGUUGAAAGCUGGAGUGGACACCAGGAAUAAGGACCUCCGCACCCCGUUGAUGUGGGCAGCGCGCAACGGUCAUGUGGACGUGUGUGAGGAGUUGGUCCGGUGCCAAGCUGAUGUGUUGGCGUCCAAUAAGUUGGGCAUUUGUUGUUUGCACUGGGCUGCCUGGGGUGGUUCACUGGAAGCUGUGGCGUUUCUGCUGGAGAAGGAAGCGAACAUCGAUGCCGUCUGCCAUGCCGGAUGCAACGUGGCUGUGUGGGCCGCCACGGCUGGAUCCUUCGACAUGUGCCAAUGGCUCCACCAGAAACGUGCAGAUUUCGCCUCCACCAACAAGAAUGGCCAUGGUGUCCUAAACAAGGCCUGCUGGCGAGGACACAGCGUGAAGCUCAUCUCUUGGAUGCUGAACCUGGAAGGUGUUGAAGCGCAACUCUUUGAGUCUGACUGGGAUGGCGAAUUGCCCUUGGACAGGGCUCGUCAAAAAGGCCACUCGGCGCUUGCUGAAUGGCUACGCGAUGAGAUGUGCGAAAGAAGACCUUCGUGGCAAGAUUGCGCAAAGCAGAGCUCAGAAGAAGAUCCGAAAGUGCCAGAUUGCGCAAAAGGUGCUGCGUUGGAUCUUUGA